CCUUCGCGUUUGCCUUUCCCUUUGCCUUCUCCCUCAAGGCCCCGACGCCAGCAGGCGGCCGGAGUCGACGAAUACAUGCUACAGCUUCGGAUUCAGUCCAGGGCUCGUCCAUUGCAGCCGAUUCCCCUCCACAAUAGUCCUAGACUGUCCACCCACCACCAAGUAAUCUCACCAUGACAGACAAGAUUCCCGCUUUUGUCCGGGUUUCUGGCCCACCAAACAGCAAUUUUCUAGUUGGCUAUCCAGGCAUAUCAGCAACAUUGCCGCGCAUAGAAGGGAAAGUCGAAAUCAGACCGUCGCAAGGCUAUUCGGCGCCUGUCGCCAUCUCGUUGGUACGGAUAUGUCUUCAACGAAGAGAGACCAUACAUCCGGCCGCCAGGAACCUAGCCAAGAAACAUUUGGGCACCCCACGAAGAGACACGACAGAUGUAGUUGGCAAAGAGCUGUUACUGUUCCGGUGCGCAUCCGGGAAGGAGGCCGAAAAUGUCAUAGCCAUGGACCUGCCCUUCGUCCUCUUCAUUCCAUUUGGCCGGGGUGGUGAAGAAACAAACAGGAGGAUACCGCCAGCCUCGUUACAACUCGCCAGCAGAACCGCUGAGACGUACUAUGAAUUGGUGGUCACCGUCCAGCAAGGAGCAAGCCAGCAGAACAAGUACGCCUUCCCCAUACCUAUACAACGGUACGAUACGCUAUCCACAUUUGGAAUGUACAAUCGACCCGAAACAAAGAUCGCAACCGCCGACAACAUAGUCACCCUAGGCAUAUCCUUGCCGAGAUGGAGCUAUGGACCGAUGGACCCCAUAACCGUAUACAUCAAGAUUGCGCCCAAUCUCGACUGGAUGUCAAAAGCACGAAAAGUCAUCAUACAAAAGAUCACUCUUUCCAUCGAAGAAGAGAUUACAUACAACCCCGAGGGAGACGAGCCUUCUAAGGAAAUCAACAGGCUACACAAGCAUGUCCAGACCGUAGGAACGAGACUACCAGAAGCUGGAUACGUCACCAACAUGGGCGUCAUCUUUCCACACAAGGACUUGAGAGAUGCACAAGGUAUAGUGAGAAGAGGGCAGCCUGCAUUUCCCAAUUAUGAAGUUCCCUCAUUCACUACUACGUCAACUCUCUACAAGAUUGAGUUCUUCCUUAAUAUCAAGGCUUCCAUGAGUUCAGCCAAGGAUAUCACUUUGAGGCAACCCAUCGUGAUAUGUCCUAUGGAUCAUCAAGCGUGUAAAGAGGAGAUGGAUGCGAUUGAACAGGCUGCAAAAGACGCCUCUUCGGUUGACCCGCACAAUCCUAUGUUACCAGCUCGGAAUAUCGUGCUAGCAAACGACUACAACGCCCUGAAAACCCUGGGACUGUGCAUGGUUGGAGGACAAAAGAGACCUCUGAUUGAAUGAUUUCUUUUGGGCUGGGCUCGAAGAAUCGCAGCAGCAGCAGCAGCAUUAGCACAAACAAAGGCGCGAGGGCCUGGCAUUAUGAACGCGGCCCGGAUCCGGGUGUCCGAAAGACACCUGAUUUCUACAGCAACAUAAUAUCGCCUCUACCUGGAAAGAACUCGGCACAGCCAAUGGACAAGCGAAUCGAUACGACACAGGGUAUUAACGCGCAUCCGCAUAUAUUAGUGCUGGUCUGCGUC